AGAAAAAGGAAAUUUGAAUCCUAAACACAUGUCAAAAAAAAAGGAAAGUUGAGUUUAUAAAUAGUCUCAUCGUUGAGGGGAAAAAAAAAAAAAUAGUCUCAUCGUUUAGUAUCAUUGAUCAUCACAAACAAACCAGAGUGACCCAUGGAGAGUAGACUCUUAUUGAUUCCUUCUGCCCGAGCGUUCAAGAUGCAAUUUCAUGCUCUGGUUUUUCGAUUCUCUUGUUCGAUUUCAUCUUUGAUUUCUUCAAAUUCCAUGAGUUGUUGAUCUUCGGCUCCAACUUGUUCGAUGUUUGAUUUUGUCGUUGCUCUUCACCAACAAGACCGGAAAAGAGAAGAGCGUCGUGGUGCAACAUGAUACGGACUCUUCUUCGUUUAGAAUGGAAAUUAAAGCCAACGGUGGGUGGUCAAGUCUAGUGAAAGAUCUCACAAGCAUCAAUCAUGUCUCGAAAAAUCUAACGGAGAUUUUGAGAGGACUUCGGUGUUUGUAACGGCUGGAGCGGCAAUUGACGACGGAGAUGGCGAUUGAGGAGGUUGAUUGAUCGGAGAUGUUGUUUUUCAAUCGCACGGUGGUGGAGAAAUCAUCAAAUCAACGAAGCCCAACAAAAGGAAUUUCAGCCCAUCAAGCCCAUGAAACUACAUCCCAUGAUAUUCGUCAGAGAUUAGCGGAAACUUCUGACUAAAGUGGGUCCCACCAAGAGCUUAACACUACUCGACGAAAUCCACGUGGCAUGUUUCAUGCAUCCACGUGUUUUUUAUAUGCUUAUCUUAUUUCUUUUUUUGGUGAUUUUAGCAAAGAAGAAGAAGAAUGGCGAUGCUAGUUGAUCCUCCAAAUGGGAUUAGACAAGAAGGGAAACAUUACUACACGAUGUGGCAAACAUUAUUCGAAAUCGACACUAAGUAUGUUCCGAUUAAGCCGAUUGGAAGAGGAGCUUAUGGUGUUGUUUGUUCUUCAAUCAACAGAGAGACCAAUGAGAGAGUUGCUAUUAAGAAGAUCCACAAUGUGUUUGAGAAUCGCAUCGAUGCUUUGAGAACGUUGAGAGAGCUUAAGCUUUUAAGGCAUGUGAGACACGAAAACGUUAUCGCCCUUAAGGAUGUUAUGUUGCCUACUCAUAGGUACAGUUUCAAAGAUGUUUAUUUGGUCUAUGAGCUUAUGGAUUCUGAUUUGAAUCAGAUCAUCAAAUCUUCUCAGUCUCUUUCCGAUGAUCACUGCAAGUACUUCUUGUUUCAGUUGCUAAGAGGAUUGAAGUAUCUUCACUCAGCAAACAUCCUUCACCGCGAUUUAAAGCCCGGGAAUCUUCUAGUGAAUGCUAAUUGUGAUCUAAAGAUUUGUGAUUUCGGGCUUGCGAGAACAAGUAGAGGCAAUGAACAGUUUAUGACAGAGUAUGUGGUCACACGUUGGUACCGAGCACCUGAGCUUCUUCUCUGUUGUGACAACUACGGAACCUCCAUCGAUGUUUGGUCGGUAGGAUGCAUAUUUGCAGAGAUUCUUGGAAGAAAACCGAUUUUCCCUGGAACAGAAUGCCUCAACCAACUGAAGCUAAUCAUAAAUGUUGUUGGUAGCCAACAAGACUGGGAUCUCCAGUUCAUAGAUAACCAGAAAGCUAGGAGAUUUAUAAAGUCUCUUCCUUUCUCAAAGGGUACUCACUUUUCUCAGAUUUACCCGCAUGCGAAUCCUCUGGCGAUAGAUUUGUUACAGAGGAUGCUUGUGUUUGAUCCAACCAAGAGAAUAUCGGUCAGCGAUGCGCUUUUACAUCCCUACAUGGCGGGUUUGUUGGAACCGGAAUGUAAUCCGUCAGAAAAUGUUCCGGUCAGUUUGGAGAUAGAUGAGAAUAUGGAAGGAGACAUGAUCAGGGAGAUGAUGUGGGAAGAGAUGCUUUAUUACCUUCCUGAAGCUUAAAUCAAUAUUUUGUUAAGAGAAUUGAAAAUAUAAGAAGUAAAAUCAUCUCUCUAACACUUGUUUAUAAUUUUAGUUUGUGGUAAGUUGUAACUAGAGGUGUUCAAGUAGACGGAUAAAACUUAUGUAAUCAUUUGGCUUGCUUCCAUCGGUAAAAAUGCCUUUCUCUCAAAA